AUGAGGGUGUUGGUGACUGGAGGCUCAGGCUUAGUGGGAAAGGCCAUACAACAUGUGGUCAAAGAGGAAAGGAAUGGCUACGAAGGGGAAGAGUGGAUUUUCCUCUCCUCCAAAGAUGCUGACCUCACGAGCAUGACAGAGACACAGGAUGUGUUUAGAAAACACCGGCCAACCCAUGUUAUUCACCUGGCUGCCAUGGUUGGCGGGCUUUUCAAGAAUUUAAAGUGUAACCUGGACUUCUGGAGAAACAAUAUCCACAUCAAUGAUAAUGUACUCCAGGCUGCACAUGAAGUCGGUGUUGUCAAGGUUGUUUCCUGUCUAUCCACCUGCAUAUUUCCUGACAAGACAACCUAUCCCAUUAAUGAGACUAUGAUCCAUAACGGCCCACCUCACGAGUCCAACUUUGGCUACGCUUAUGCUAAAAGAAUGUUAGAUGUUCAGAACAGGGCCUAUUUCCAGCAGCAUAGACGCUGCUACACAGCUGUCAUCCCCACUAAUGUGUUUGGACCCCAUGACAACUUCAGUAUUGAAGAUGGACAUGUACUGCCGGGCCUAAUUCACAAAACAUACAUUGCCAAAAAAGAAGGAAAGCCCUUGGUUGUUUGGGGUUCAGGUACCCCCAAAAGGCAGUUUAUUUACUCUUUGGAUUUGGCUCGUCUCUUCCUCUGGGUUUUGAGGGAAUAUCCAGAGGUUGAACCCAUCAUCCUUUCUGUCGGCGAGGAAGAUGAAGUAUCAAUCAAAGAAGCAGCAGACGCAGUGGUGCAAGCACUUGACUUUAAAGGUGAAGUGGUUUAUGAUACCCAUAAAUCAGAUGGUCAGUUCAAGAAGACAGCCUGUAAUGCAAAGCUAUCCAGCUAUCUACCAGAUUUCCACUUCACGCCCUUCAAACAAGCUCUCAAGGAGACUUGCGAUUGGUUUGUUACAAACUACGACGCAGCUCGCAAGUGA